AUGCGCAAAGCCAAAGUCUUCAGCCAUGAGACCAUCAUGCCGCGCAUGUCGUGGUCUCCGCGCAAUCUGUACAACCUCCUCGCACGUUCGACCGUUCCCUUCCACUCCUCGCAAACGACCUUCACCAAGACUUCGUUGACGAUGUAUCAGCAGCGAUGGCGGUCCAAACGUUUUCUGCGGGCGUAUCACGGUGAUUGGAUCCCCGAAAAACGCUUCAAGCGAUGGUUCCUGCCUACCGACCUGCCGAGUUUCGUUCCGCCCCAAGUAUCCGCUUCGAGCUCGGCGAGUUCUGCAGGGCCCCGACGAGGUGGGUUGUUCGACAAGGCGCUCCAAGCCAGGCGGUCCGAUGGAGCUCCCUUCACCGAAGAGAAGGAAGGAUAUGCAAACGUAACACAACAAAAGGUGGUCGAGGAGAUGGACGCCAUGCCUACCGCAUCGUUGUUCAUGCGCGAUGUCGAGCGGCGAUUGGACGUGGUCGUCUUCCGAUCGUGCUUCGCGAGAAGCGCCUACGAGUCGAGAUCCAUGGUGGUGCAAGGAAAGGUCAAGGUGAAUGGGGUUAAGUGUAGCAAUCCGAAUCACCUGCUACAGCCGGGGGAUUUGAUCAAUGUCGAGCCCGCGGCGGUGCCGAUGCUGAGCAAGGAGCUGGCCAAGAAGGCGAGCGCACAGAAGGUGAAUGAUGCCGUGACGGGCGAGGCGGAUGCUACGGAGGCUGCAGAGGCUGCCGACGCCGAAGCUGCGGAGAGCAAUGAGGGCGGAUCGAGCGAGGCUACCACAACAGAAGCAACCGCCUCAUCCUCAGAAGCCGCAUCCUCCGACAAGCCUGCCGAAUCUUCUCCAUCAACUUCCUCGGACAGGGGCAAAGCGAAAGAGACCGAAAAAGUCCUCCCACCAGGCGUACUGCCCUUCACCCUCCCGGACUACGCCGCGCCCUUCCUCUUCAUCCCGCCCUACCUCGAGGUCUCGUUCACCACGUGUUCCGCGAUCUAUGUGCGUCAUCCCACCAUUGUCCCCUCCCGCACGUCCACCGACGGCAAAACACGCUGGACGUUCCGCACCGAUCUCCCCUCCCCUUACCCCGCGGGCGGCGAGCUCUACUCCAUGGCGUGGGAGCAUUACACCCGCAACGCACCGCGCACACGUGCCGACGCACGACGUGUCAAGCUCGAGGCGGAAGCAGGCAGGAACGGGUUCGAUACGAUGAGGGCCAAGGAUCAGAACAUGAAGAGGUCCGCGCUGAGGAGGGGUUGGGGAAGGACGAAACCUGUCGAGGGUUGGAGGAGACAUUUGGACGCGGCGAGGGCCAGGGAGGCUAGCAAGUGGUCCGCAGCUAGGGUCGUCGCAUGA